UCAUUGGAACGGAGGGUGGAACACGACCCUAACGGACACACACCAUGAUUCACUCGCAGAUGGAAGAUGCUCAGUACGAGAUCCGCCAGCAAGUUUUGAAUCCUAACCAGCGCCAGCAGCUAGAAGACAGGCGCCGUAUCAAGGAGCAAACGGAUCUGUUGGCGCAGGACAACGAAUCGCCGACGCACCUGUACGGACGGAGGCGAAAGAUCAACACGGAUGUCAAUCUACUCGACAAGCACGAUUCGUUUUAUCACACCACCAAAAGCCUUCUGGUGCUGUUUCAAAUAAUGGGCGUCAUGCCGAUCAUGCGAAGUCCGCCGAACGUGGACAUGCCGCGCACCACCUUCACCUGGUGCUCGAAGGCAUUCCUUUGGGCGUACCUCAUUUACGCCUGCGAAACUAUCGUUGUGCUUGUAGUUGCGCACGAGCGUAUCAAAAAGUUUAUCUCAACAAGCGACAAACGAUUUGACGAAGUCAUCUACAAUAUCAUCUUUAUGUCAAUCCUGGUGCCACACUUCCUACUACCGGUAGCUUCGUGGCGCAACGGAUCGGAGGUGGCCAAAUUCAAGAACAUGUGGACGGACUAUCAGUACAAGUAUCUGAUCGUCACGGGCAAGCCGAUCGUUUUCCCCAAGCUCUAUCCCAUCACGUGGGCGUUGUGUAUUUUCUCGUGGUCAUUGAGCUUUAUCAUCAUCCUAUCGCAGUACUAUCUGCAGCCGGAUUUUCAAUUCACUCAUACCUUCGCCUAUUUUCACAUUGUAGCAAUGCUAAAUGGAUUCUGCAGCCUUUGGUUUGUCAAUUGCACGGCUUUCGGUACUGCAAGCAAGGCAUUCGCCAAAGAGUUAACGGACGUCCUGACCACCCAGCGCCCCGCUGCCAAGUUGACCGAGUACCGCCAUCUUUGGGUCGAUUUAAGCCACAUGAUGCAACAGCUAGGUAAAGCUUAUUCCAACAUGUACGGUAUCUACUGCCUGGUGAUAUUCUUCACCACAAUUAUCGCCACCUACGGGGCACUGAGCGAAAUUAUCGAGCAUGGAGCAACCUAUAAGGAAGUCGGUUUAUUUGUCAUUGUUUUCUAUUGUAUGAGCUUGUUGUUCAUCAUCUGCAACGAGGCCCACCACGCAUCCAAAAGGGUUGGACUGAACUUUCAGGAACGUCUACUGAAUGUAAAUUUAACGGCCGUCGACAAAGCGACCCAGAAGGAGGUGGAAAUGUUUCUAGUCGCCAUCGAUAAAAAUCCACCAACCAUGAAUCUCGAUGGCUACGCUAAUAUCAAUCGAGGAUUAAUCACGUCGAACAUUUCUUUUAUGGCCACCUACUUAGUGGUCCUGAUGCAAUUUAAGCUGACUCUACUGCGACAGAGCGCAAAGAACGCAUUUAUCUCAUCGCUGAAAGCAAAUCUAUCCAAAAUACAAGCAAUGCAACAAACAGAGAAGCCAAACUAGAUCUUUUGAACGGAGUCAUCGUAUCAAUCAAACAUAAGGAGGACGACCGGGCAACACUACCCCUGUUAUUAUUUUUUCAAUAGAUUUUUAUUAUUUUGCUCCAACUCCACUUUUAGCGUGACACUUCGCGUGGGUUCGCUCGGAAAGUUCGCUGACCAUCUUACUUUAUAAGGUUGUUUAAAACUUGCUGAACUUCUUCUUCGAUCCAGCGAGCUUGCUCACCUUAAGCACAUUGAAGCGCACGGUUUUCGAAAGCGGUCUGCAUUCACCCACGGUCACGAUAUCUCCGGCUUCAACGUCGCUAUAGAAAAAAAAGACA